AACGACGCCACCGUCUAUCGGUGUGUUCCUGAGAACGGAAAAUCAUCAAGAUGUCUCGUCGGUGACGUGCCGGUCAUGCUUUGUGUGUUUUGGGUUAUUAUUAAGGGGUCGCUUCGCUAAAAGCGUUCAAUUAAAGUAAGAUGGAGGAAGCGGAUUUGUUUAUGGAGUGUGAGGAGGAGGAGCUGGAGCCAUGGCAACAGAUGAAUCAGAAUGAGCCGCAUGAUUCACCUGGCCCUGCUGAAAGAUCUCCAUCUCCACCUCCAUCUGUGCCCAAACCAGUUGUGGUUUCUAGUAUUUCAUCAGCCUGUACUAAUGUGAAUCCUGUCCCACUGCUAACAAAUCCAUUGCCAACAGCUUUACCUGCAGGCAUCUCUAAAGGUACAUCAGGGCAGCAGUUGAUCUUGACCCAGGGUGCCAGAGGUUUGACACCUAUGGCUUUGUCCCAGGUGAUUUUGCCUGGCACCUCACCUGCUGGCAGUGCUGGUAGCAGCCAGCCCAUCUACCUGACCACACAGGGUAUCCCUGUUCAGAAUAUCCAGUCAGGCCAAAGCCCACUGAGCAUUGUCUUAAAUGUCCAGCAUGGCCAAACAGUUCGUCCUAUUACUCUGGUUCAAGCACCUGGUACACCUGGACUUUUUAAACCAGCUGUGGGAACAACUCAGAUAAUUACCCCACCACCUCAAAUAAGGCCCACAACUGCAGUUGUAAACCGGGGACAGGCACCAGGCUCUUUUACCACAAUGCAGAUUCCUGCCACUCUUACCAUCCGAAAUGCAGCGCCAGCCAGCCAGCCCAGGGCAACGUCUGUCCAAACCUCCCAGCUUUCCACUCAAGCAAACCCCCUCCCCUUUAACACCCAGACUAAAAUUGUGACUGUCAAACCUGGUGGUAGCAACUUGGACAUGCAGAACCUGAUGAAUAUCAUGAACUCUGUCUAUAUCCCUUCUGGAAAUCAGCAUCAAACAAUUGUUGUCAUGAGCAAUCAAAAGGCUAAUGGCUCUGGCUCUAGCUCUGCUGCAGUCCAGACAGCUCUUCCUGUAGCUCAAGCAAAUGUUGUGCAAGGUACUUCUGUAUCAACAUUACCCUACCUUUGUCCACGAUGUGGAGCCCAGUUCAAAAUGUUGGAGGCGCUCCAGGGACAUAUGUGUUUCUGCUGUCCAGACGUGACUCAUACAAGUGUAAAGAGUGAAGUGCCCACUCAGGUAGAACAGAAACAGAACAAACUCACGAAAAUAAAGACUGAACGCACAAGGAGUCCGGGACUUGAACAUCAAUCGAGGAUUGUCAUGUUGGUAAAUGACUUCUAUUAUGGAACCUAUGAGGGAAAUCGAGGAUAUGUGCCCACAGACAACUUAAAAGAGGCUUUAUCAUUCAGAUGCUUUACAUGUGGCAAGAAGCAGAAGAACAACAUCAGGCUUAUGAACCACAUGAAGUGUCAUACACAGCAAAGUAUAGAACACGUAUCCUGCCCACACUGUUAUCGGCAGUUUCCAACUCCAUUUCGCCUUCAGUGUCAUGUGGAGAGCGUCCAUUGCACCUUAGAGUCAACAACCAGGUGUAAAAUAUGUGAGUGGGCCUUUGAGAGCGAGCCUGUGUUUCUUCAGCACAUGAAGAACACUCAUAAACCUGGAGAGAUGCCAUAUGUCUGUCAGCUGUGCCAGUAUCGAUCUUCAUUCUACUCUGAUGUGCACAAUCACUUCUGCACAUGGCAUGAGGACACCCGCUACCUGCUGUGCAUCUACUGUCUGAAGGUCUUCAAGACCUCUGGUACAUACCAGCAGCACUUUGCACGCCAUCAGAAAUCGUCAGUUUAUCACUGUAACAAAUGCAGACUUCAGUUUCUUUUCACGAAAGAGAAGGUUGACCAUAAAGUCAAUCACCACAAGACCUUCCGCAAACCAGCUCCACUAGAAGGGCUCCAGGCUGGGACCAAAGUGACCAUUAGAGCAUAUGCAGGGCACAAAAGAUUUACAGGUCUAACAGGUCCUAAAUCAUGUAAAGACACGCUAGUACCACAAAGCAGUGGACCUGCUAAAAAGCAGAUCACCAAAAUGUAUGGUUACCUGACCAAGUUUCAGGAGUAUAGAGCACUGUUAGGAAGACAAAAGUGUGUUGAGUGCACCUUUGACAUCCCAGAUUUUGCCAAUCACUAUCCUACAUAUGUCCACUGCUCAUUGUGCACAUACAGCACAUGCUGUUCACGUGCAUAUGCCAACCACAUGAUCAACAAUCAUGUUUCAAGCAGAUGUCCUAAAGCUCGUUCUAAAAAGGAAUCCAUGAGUUGGUUGAAGCUAACGUGUGUUUGGUGUAACUACAAGACUACUCAGGGAGACCUGAUGGCCAAACACUUGGCUCAGUUCCCUGAUCAUUCCUCCUGUGUUUUCAGUCUAAAGGAGUGUCUGGAGACUGAUAUUGAGUUCUGCCAGGUGGAGGAGGAGGAGGAGGAGGAAGUGGAAGGAGCUAAUGAUGAGGAAAAACCUGACUGGUUGUCCAUGGAGAACUGGAGCAUUCCGAGUGAUGGAGGAUCUGUGCCAGAGUUCACAGAGAGCAGUGGGCCACAGCAUUCAAUGGCUAAAAGCAGUGAUGUCCUUGAAUACUUCCAGCUACUAUUCCCAGACAGCCUAAUAGAGCAGAUUGCCAAGGAAACCAAUGCUUAUGCUGAGUAUCAGCGCUAUGUUGGCAAAGGGGACCCCACAUGGCAGUCUCUUUCCAGUGAAGAAGUCAAAGGUUUCAUAGGCCUAUCUAUUCUAAUGGGACUGCAAGUUCUUCCAGAGUCAGAGAUGUAUUGGUCUUGGGAGCAUUAUCAUAGCUGCUCCACAUUCUACAGGACCAUGUCUGCAGCACGCUUCAAGCAGAUCAGCCAGCAUAUUCGGAUGAACAGCAUGCUUGCAAAGGAGAAGCAUGACAAAGAGGACAAGCUGUCUCUCUUUAGGCCAAUGUUGAAAAUCCUGGAGACUAGCAUGAGCGAAGCUUACAAGCCAAACAAAUGUUUGACUAUUGAUCGAACUUUACUGGGAUCUCAUGAAAAUGCAGCUAAUGGGGAGAAGAGUAGAAACUCUCAGCCACGGAUAUGGCUCUUAUGUGAUUCAAAGUCAGGGUACUGUCAUAAAUUGUUGAUCUUGACAAAACAGAAAAAGAACGGAGACUUAGGGAGUUUGGUUGUGCCAUAUCUUGUUAAGGGCCUUGAAGGUAAGCAUCAUCAGAUAUUCAUAUCAAGCCUGCUAACAAGUAUUCCCCUAAUGAAGGACUUGUACAAACAGAACAUCUACUGUUCCAGCUCAAGCCCCACAUGUGGCACAGUACUCCCUACAGACUUUUGGGAUCUGCCUGCAUUGAAGAACACUGGAGAUUAUGUUCAAUUUGAGCAUCCCCCUGUGCUGGUCACCAGAUGGAAGGAUGCAAAAGAGAUGGUCUGCAUUUCUACAAAUGCUGUGGCUGGCCUGCCAGACAAGGUGUGGAGGAGGUCCACUAGUAAGGCAGGGGAACUCUCUACCAUUUCAAGACCUUUGGCUUUUAAGCUACUGCAAGAUAACAUGCGCGGUGUGGACAUCUGCAGUCAGCUCCUUGCCUGCAACCAGCUAGGAGGAUUGGUUCUUGACACAAACUGGCGACAUCUUUUUUGGUUCCUGGUCAACUUGAGCAUCAUUAAUUCCUUCAUUGUUCUGCGAGAGACUCGGAAAGGCAACCCACCAGGAUGGCUUCAUGGAGGCCACUUUUCUCAGGCUAACUACCGAAAACGCUUGGGAUACCAGCUGGCCAAGCUUGCUGAAAGGCAAGCUCUUCAGAAGGAAAUGAGCAGUGACCAGUUGCAUCAGCGGAGACGUGAGGGUAAUCCUAAUAUUGGAUUUGUGGAGCCUAAGAGAGAACCUACUCCGCCUGUUGAGGACACCACUACUCCUAAAAACUUUACUUUUGGCGCAGCAAAUGAGGACUCAUACGGGAUGAAUGAAGACAUCGAUCAAGAAUUGGCCCCUCUGGGAUCCUCAGAUUCAGAAUUGGAGACAGAUGACAGUAGUCAGCAAGAGCCCCUGGAGAUCAGAGAUGGGCACAAAGGAAAAGAGUCUUCAGUAAAGCCUAAUUCUCCUAAGCCUUUUAAAGAAACUGAGGAUAUGAUGUCUGCACGCCAGCUCCGCAUUCUACUGUUUGCAUUGUGCUCUGGAAUCCGGAAAGCAGCCAAGGACAUGGACACAGAUCCUCAACUUAUUAGGACUUGGCUUCAAGACAAAGAGAAAAGACUAAACUGUGAGAGUCUAGCCAGUAGCAGUGGAGAUGCUGUGGAGCAUUUGGUGGAGUGGGUACUCGUCCAGCGAGAGCAGCAGCAUCCUAUCAGAGAGGAGAACCUAUUUCAAAAAGCUUCUGAGAUCCACAGUCAAACUAACCAAAGCAAUUCCUUCCGUAUUUCAUAUGAGUGGGCAGUGACCUUUAUGCUGCAGCACAAGCUGGGCAUGCACAGUCUUGGCACGCCAGGUCAUCAGCUACCACGCAGAAUGGAGGAAAAUUGCCGAGAUUUUACAGAGUUUGUGCAUAGACAGAUUAAAAUACACAAUGUUUCACUUUCAGCUGUUGGUGCUAUGGAUGAACUUUCAAUUUUUGUUGAUUUUGACCGACUUGUCAAUAGUACUGGGGCUUCUAAAGACUCCGCAUUCCGAUUAGAGGGCACUGGGAAACCAUGGAUGAACAUUUACUUGUCAGUAUUGGCAGAUGGUACAGUGUUGCCCACAAUGUUGUUUAUUAAAAGUACCCCAUUAGAUAGUUUUAGCAAAGGCCUAUCAGACUUGGUUAAACUUGAAGCCAGAGUUGAAGGUUUUUCAGAAAAAGAAGAAUUAGAGAUUUGGACUGCUAAUGUAUGGCAGCAGUAUUUAAACACACAGAAUGGCAAUAAGGCCAUGCUAGUAAUUGAUGGCCAUUAUAGCCACAUGACCGAAGACUUCCUGUCUAUCUUAGGUACAACACACACCUUACCAUUGGUUAUUCCACCUGGUUGCAGCAGCCAACGGCAACCUUUGGAAAUGUGUGUUCGCCCUGUGCUGAAAAAGUUCUUGCUGUGUCGCUGGUCUUAUUUUGCAAACCAGAACAAAAUAGCUGAUGUAAAGCCUGAAGACCUGGUUAGGCUUCUUAUGUCCUGGUUAGAGGAGGCCUUGACUUUUUGUUCUGGCAAGCCUGAAAUGAUUCAGCACUCGUUUGGUCUUUCCAGCCUGAUCAAGGAACAUGAAGAAUGUAAAAAGGAUCCUGAUGCUCAGUUGAAACUUAUGAAUACAUUAACGGAAGCUAUACUUGAGCCUGGAGAAAUAGAUUAUGAUUCACAGUCACAGGAAAAGUUAAUGGAAAAAUGUGUUGAAGGCAUCAUGGAGAAAAAAGAAAACAUAAUUGGUGAAAAUAAAAGCAGCAUACAACAGGCAGACCGAGAAGUACUUGAAGAAACAGGAGAUGACAGCGUAACAAAAACUGAAAAAACAGCACAGGCGUCAAGUGAAGGAUUAGAGGCAUCAAGUGAAGCUGUAGAUCUUCUUCCAGAUAACAUACCCCGCAUUAUUGAGAGCGAGGGGCUUUCAGAACCCUGUCAGGACCUCGAUACAACACAGAUGGAUACGGGGUCCAAUUGCUAAUUUGCUACAUAAAUUUUUAUUAAAUGAUGAACAUAGGCAGUAUAUAUUUAAUGUAUAAUCAUGAUUAAUGAUUAAUUCUAAAGGUGAAAUUGUGUCUAAAACCUCAAACUUUAUUUUAUUGCAUAAGGCUGUUGAUAACCUUUUGUACGAUUUAUACUUUUCAUUUAUUCCUUUGGCUGUGGAUUUCUUGUACAUAAACGUUUUGUUUCAUCCACACAAGUAAACCUGGAUGUCUUCA